UGCGGCCACUGCCGGAGCCUUUGAGCCCCUCGGGCGACAGCGUCACCCCGGGCGACAGACGCCAUCCCCCCCCCCCUCCCCGGGCCUUGCGCGGCGCCGCGGCUGAUGCAUCGCCACGUCGUGCCCGGGCCAGCCCCGCCGGGCUCAGCGGCGCCUGCUCGUCAGCAGCACGAUCGCGGCCUGGCUGAGUUCCUGCCUGGGCCCCUGGGGCUGCAGCGCUUCGGCACGGAGGGGGAAGACAUGAAUGAGGUAAAAGAGGCUCUAAGAAACACAGAGCAGAACUACAAGCUCUUCCUGCAGCAGCAGUUUACAUUUAUCGGAGCACUGCAACGCACCCGAGAGAAUGCCCAUGACACGACCAGACCUGUGGCAAGCAUCAGCCAGGUACAGUCCUACAUGGACCAUCACUGUAACAAUUCCACGGACAGGCGUAUCCUCAACAUGUUCCUAAGCAUCUGCAAUGAUCUAAGCAAGCUCUGCCACAAGCUGGAAACCGUGCACUCUGGUAACAACAUCACCAGUGGCAUUUUGGAGAGAUGCAAGCUGCUCCUCAGCCACAGCAACGAUCUGAGCGCCAUCCGAGCUAGAUACCCCCAUGACGUUGUGAAUCACCUGAGCUGUGAUGAAGCAAAGAAUCAUUACGGAGGAGUGGUGAGCCUCAUCCCCAUCGUUCUAGACUGCGUGAAGGAGUGGGUAACCCACACUGAGAAGCUACCAUGGCACACGCUGCAUAACGCAAAUUAGCUCCUGUUCUUUGCUUCCUGCUGGAAGACACUCCUGAAUAAACAAUUUCCCCUUGCAUACCUGGCUCAGCUUGCUAAAAUUGUGAGAAAGCUUUUGCCUUAAGAUGAGCAGAUUUUGGCAACAAACAGCCAAAAAAGAAGGGAGAAUUAAUACAGAGGAGGGAGGAUAGCUCAGAUGAAAUGGGAAGUAAUUGCAGGAGCAUUUGUAUUCCUCACAUAACCCCACCUUCUUUUGCACUUUUUCCCUUCCCCUAUGCACAUGUGUUGCUAUAUAAUACAUCUAUCCGCUCUGGAGUGGAAGCCUAUUUUUAGGAGACAACGCGAUCCAACUGAAUUGAACCUUGGUGAACUCAAAAUGGUAACGAAGCUUGCUGAGGUCACACGGAGACUCCUGGGCACCACUGAGGCCACGGCCAGCAAAGUGUGACCGUCGCCCUCUCAGGCUUUGAGAGCCUUGUUGCAGAGGCAGCUUCAGGCAGAAAAAUCAAAGUUGCUCACAGCUGCCCUAUUGUGUUUCAUGUUGCAAAGACAAGGGUCCGAUGACAGUUGCUGUCCUGGAAAGUUUUUCAGAAUGAGUACACGCUACGUAGAUUAAAAGAUGACGAGUGUUGGGGACACAAGAGAUGCUAUUCCCAGAUCUUGUUUCCAACCUUCCUCACCCUGUCAUAUAGUUUAAAUUUGAACACACAGGCUCUGAUGAGACCAAACUUAUCCUCCAGUUUGUAGUUCGCUUUCAGCUCUCACAGUACAGCACAGCACAAAUUGCUUGUCAGAACAGUCCCAUCGAAUGUGACAAAGGUUGCAAUACAUGCAAGAAACACAGUUCCCGAAGCUUGAUAAUAAUUUCUAACCUAGUCUGGUCCUUUCAAUCAGUCUUAUGCAGCCAAGAUUUUAAGACACAAGCAGAAAAACGAAUGCAUAAAAGUUGCAGGCUGAGAUUUGGUAAUGACAUGACCAGAAUCUCUUGGAAGACUGCAAAGUCUCACAAAAACACCUAGACAAAUUACUUAAUUUCCAUACAAGUUCUCCUCUUCCGGAGUGGAUGGACACUUCAAAAGACAAAAAGAUACAGCAAGAAUUGUUUUUCUCUACUACAAAUCAAGCCGUUUGAAGAAUUUACAUAAACAGGAUGUAAAUGCCAAGCACAGAAGUGCAAUAAAGUUUUACUUUAGCCUCUGCGAGCAUAAAAUUCCAAGAUGCACACUGAGAAACCAGGCAGGGCACCGAACCGCCUUACCCAGAGAUCUGUCAGCGAGUCCAGGAAAUAAAUGCUGCUUUUUUGUUCGAAGACUUAAACGGAGAUACAGGCUGGUAGUAAAUGAUCUCACCAGAAUCCUGGCAUCUGUAGGCUAUAAAUUACUUCUCUGCUCCUCUUGAUUCAGCUCAGGGUCAAACCGGGCUUUUGCCAGCCCGUAACCAGGCCAAGGUGUUCUGUACGUUAAAUACCUGGUUCCAGCCGAGCGGACGGGGCGUAGCUCAGAGCCCACGAAGUUACGGACGAGUGCCAGGGAUGGCGGUGGGCUCUAAGGGGACGAGAGAGGGGGCGAUUCAGG